AUGAGUUCAGAGGAAUAUGAAAUGGUUGAAAAUCCAGGAGACUCCACCAAAAAUUGGGUUGAAGAAGACGAUCAAAGUCUGAUCAAAGACUUAGAAUCUGAUGAUACUUCGAUUAUUUUUCAACAUUUAGAUAUUGGGAACCAAACUCCUGAGGAUUUUAAUGACAAUCCAACUUUUCAAGAUGUUCUCUUGAAUUACAAAGGAAGGAAAUCGUCUUCGAGGCAUCUAUGUUAUAUAAUAUCUGGUUUAAUGUUUGGUAUGUGGCUACUUCUACUUUUAAUCUACGCUAAUGUCAAAGUGACUGAUAUUUCGUCUUCAUGGAAAUGGAAGACUGAUCUUGUCCAAUUCGGCAAUGAAAAUUUGACUUUGAAUCAUUAUGACCCGGAGAAUAAGAAUAUAUCUAUGGAUGAUAUUUGGCAAGGUAGAUUUUCACCUGGAUUCAGAUGGAUCAAAUGGUUAAAUAGACCUCAGUACCCUAAAUCUCAUGAUAACUAUAACAAUGCUGGGUUUUAUAUGACCAGAGGUUCAAAAGGAGAAUUUGUAAUAGUUAAUGCUGUUGAUAACACCAUGAAAGUCUUGUUUGAAUCACCUCAAUUUCCUUAUGAGAACAACUUCUUUUACAUCAAAGAUGUGAUACUAAACCCUAAAAUUUCUGUUGAUGAUUCCAGUGCUUAUCAUUUAGUCGUCACUGAUACUUUACGUCAAUGGAGACAUUCGAAAUUUUCGAUUUAUUGGUUAUUUAAGCCUAUAACCAAUGAAUUCAUACCGUUGAUGCCUGAAAAGAAAGAUAUGGACAAAUCCAAACCCUCCGCUUUGAAGCUACUCCAUUUCGCUGAAUUCACGGACGAUGGUGAUAAAAUUGUCUUUGGUAUUGAUCAUGAUUUAUAUUGGCAGAAUUUGAAAGAUUUGAAAGUUGAACGAAUCACUUCAAGUGGCUCAAAGUCGAUUUUCAAUGGUAAACCUGAUUGGGUUUAUGAAGAGGAAGUGUUGUCAAGGGAUAAAUUUUUCUGGACUUCUCCAGACUCUAAACAAUUGAUUUUUGGUACGUUAAAUGAUACUGAAGUGAUGGACUACGAAGUGGAUUACUUUGUUAAAGAAUCUGAGAAUGUUGGUUUAACCUAUGAUAUACCUCCAACUGUUUUGAUUGAUUCAGUGAAUCAAUACCCCAUAAAACAAUCACUCAAAUACCCUAAACCAGGGACCCCCAAUCCCAAAGUCAGUUUAUUCAAGUAUUCAUUCGAUGAAAGGAAGAUAGAAGAAUUACAGUUUAACCAUAAAUCUGAUUCGAUCGUAUAUGAUGGUGACUGGGUAGAUGAUAAUCAUUUUUUGGUCAAAGUUUCUGAUAGACGUAGUAAGACCUUAUCCAAGCAGAUGGUCAAAGUGAAUGAGAAUUCGGUCACAGAGAUUGAAGCUUUAGAUGCUGGUAGUUUUAAUGGUUGGAUUAAUAAAGUAUCGCCGAUAGUGCGAGUGAAGAAUGGUUAUAUUGAUAAAACAUGGACCGAAGAUAGAACAAGAUUGGUUUAUUACGACACCCCAUUGUCCAAAGAACCUUUGAUACUCUCGAAAGGUGAAUUUGACGUUUUAGACACAGAAAAGGUGGUCUAUAACGAUAACGAAGAGAUUAUUUAUACAUUGACCAAUAUCAAAGGUUCCAUGUCCGCUCAUUUAACAGGAAUUACUCUCAAGGGAGAAAUCAAAGUGGUUUUAGGUGGUGAUAAAUCAGGAAAGUACGAGUUUUCCAGUGAUGAUAACGGUCAAUUCAUGUCUUUAGAAUAUUUGGGUCCAGAAUUUGCCAGUCAGAAAAUCUUCAGUACAGUAGAAUUACAUUUAUUGGAAGAUGAUGAUGCUAAGCUUGGGAAGUUUUUGGAUUCUCUUGAAAUGACAAGUGAUUUUUCCCGGAUGAAAUCAGAAUUGGUGAAGUACAAUUUCCCCACAAGAAUUCCCAGAAAGGUAAAGAUAGGAGAUAAGGACCCCGUUGAGAUUAAUGUGAUUGAAAUAUUGCCACCUAACUUUGAUCCCAACAGAAAGAAGAAAUAUCCCAUCUUGGUGCAUGCAUAUGGUGGACCAGGAUCUCAAACUGUAGAUGAUUCGUACAUAUUAGGCUUCAAUGAUGUCGUCAGUGCAACUUUAGAUGCCAUUGUGUUGAUUAUAGACCCCAGAGGUACCGAUGGUAAAGGAUGGAAAUUUAAGUCUUUCUCCACUAAUAAAAUAGGAUUUUGGGAAGGUAGAGAUCUUAAGACUAUCACCUCAGAUUAUAUCAAGAAGAAUAGUAAGAUCAUAGAUAAAAAUAAAAUAGCGUUAUGGGGUUGGUCAUAUGGUGGGUUUACUACUUUGAAAACUUUGGAAUUGGAUCAAGGUGAUACUUUUAAGUUUGGUAUGGCAGUAGCCCCAGUAACUAAUUGGUUAUUCUACAACUCAAUCUAUACUGAAAGGUAUAUGAACUUACCCACUGAGAACACAAAUUAUCAUGAUACUGCAAGGAUUCUGGAUGUUGAAGCUGUAGCAAAAUCCACAAGGUUUCUUAUAAUGCAUGGGACUGCCGAUGAUAAUGUUCAUUUACAAAAUCUGUUGUGGUUAUUGGACAAACUAAACAUCAAGGAGAUAGAAAAUUAUGAUGUUCAUUUCUUUCCCGAUAAUGAUCAUGGAAUUCAAUAUCAUAAUGCAGACAUUGUGGUUUAUGAUAAGCUCUUGAAUUGGUUAAAAGAUGCUUUUAUGGGAAAAUUUAAUGAUUUUUAG